UGAAUCAAUAACUGAAAUCCAACAUGAGGGACGCUGAUGUUAGUCAGAUUCAAGAUGAGGCAUCAUCGAUCAAGCCAUCAGAACCUGACAGGGCUCAGGCAGGAUGGGUUGCAGUAUUGACGAUGUGGACCAGGGGUGUUAUCCGAGUGGCGAUGCUCAAGGGACUAGGAAUGAUGCUGCCAACACUACAAGAUCAAUUUGGGACAACGACGUGGGCCAUUGGGUGGAUGACUUCACUGAUAGUCGCAGUGGGAGGUUUAGUUGCUCCUGUGGCAGGGUUACUUGGUAGACGAUUUGGAGCGGGAAACGUUAUCAUGAUAUGCGGUGCGAUGAUUGGCAUUGCUUUCAUUGCUGGUUCCUUCGCAACAACUUCAAUUCAGCUGACGAUGAUUUUAACGCUGUUAGCAGGUCCCCCUUUCAUUGUGUCUCAAGUGCUUGCCAAAGAAGCUAUGUGUCGAUGCUACAACAAGAACCUUGCUAAAGCCAGCGGUAUCGCACGGACGGGUACUUCCAUUGGAUUUAUCGCGGCCGCGCCUCUGAUCCAGAUAUCCCUCGGCACGUUUGGGUGGAGAGGAACCAUGCUGCUGAUCGGUGGAGGCAUAAUACAUCUUGUCCCCUGUGGUGCCCUGAUGAGAAAAAAUGAAGUAAAGCCGAACACCAGCUAUCAAGAGGUUCCCCAGGAAGAGCCUGAUACAGCUCCUCCCUCUGCAUGUGCUGCAUGUUGGGAGAGCGUCUUCAAGAACUUUGAUUUGUCGCUUCUUCGCAAUUUUCAGUAUUGGUCGGUGGCUGCCAUAUUUGUUUGUUUUAACUUUUCCUACGAGAUGUGGGUGAUCUAUUUUGUGUCCCAAGCUCUUUCAAAAGGAUUCUCCUUGGAGGACGCAGCAGUUUUCGUCACCGUAGCGGGCGUGGGGAGCCUGCUAGCGAAACUGUCGCAGGGCUUCAUCAUAGACGCAGGGCUAAUAUCCUGCUGGGGUCUGAUGGUCAUAUGCAUCAUCGUCAGCUCGUUGGCGUUCUUUUUAACGCCAUGGCUGGCCUGGUAUUGGACUAUGGUGUUGAUGGCGUUGCUGGUUGUCGUUUGCGAUGGUGUAUUGACCUGUCUUCAUGACGUUCUCGCCAAACAGGUGCUUGGAGCGGAAUUGUUGGCUGGUGCCUAUGGAUGGAUUGGUGUCAAAGCUACUAUGGCGAGGCUGUUCUUUGGCUUUAUUCCAGGUAAAGAGUGUUCUCGAAGAGUGUUCUCAAAUGGACCUUGAAUGAAUUGCAUAUGGUCAUACAAGCGACU